AUGGUCGCGAUGCCCUCAGAACCGUGCCAGGAGCUAACACAGUCCCCCAGAUACAACCUCGAUGGCGACAUCAUCUUCUCCGUCGCAAAGGAUCAGCACAUCUGUGCCUGGUACUCCCACAACGGCGAGCGUCUCGGCACCUACCACGGCCACGUCGGUGCCAUCUGGACCGUCGACGUCGACCCGACCACGACCAUGAUCGCCUCGGGCUCCGCCGACAACACCAUCCGCCUCUGGGACGUCAAGUCCGCCAAGAACCUCAAGACCUGGGAGUUCCCCACCGCCGUCAAGCGCGUCGAGUUUAGCGAGGACGGCACCAAGCUCCUCGGCGUCACCGAGAAGCGCAUGGGCUACCUCUCCAACAUUGUCGUCUUUGACAUCAACCCCGACCCCGCCGCCGAGCAGACCGACGAGCGCGCCCUCACCAUUGUCUGCGACGAGAGCAAGGCCACCGUCGCCGGCUUCUCCUACCUCAACCGCUACAUCAUCGCCGGCCACGAGGACGGCAGCGUCAGCCAGUACGACGCCAAGACCGGGGAGCUCAUCGACAACAUCCCCAUCCACGAGCUCAACCAGCCCAUUGUCGACCUGCAGUGGAACGCGGACCGCACCUACUUCAUCACAGCCUGCAAGGACAAGUCGGCCAAGCUCGUCGCCGCCCGCGACCUCACUGUCCUCAAGACCUACCCCGCCGACACCCCCCUCAACUCGGCCACCAUCACACCGAAAAAGGACUUUGUCAUCCUCGGCGGUGGCCAGGCCGCCAUGGACGUCACGCGCACCUCGGCCCGCCAGGGUAAAUUCGAGGCCCGCUUCUACCACAAGAUCUUCGAGGACGAGAUUGGCCGUGUGCGCGGCCACUUUGGUCCCCUCAACACCGUCGCCGCCGAUCCCACCGGCAAGUCGUACGCCUCGGGUGGUGAGGACGGCUACGUUCGCGUGCAUCACUUUGACAAGGGCUACUUUGACUUUUUGUACGAGGUCGAGAGGGAGAGGAUCAACAGGAUGUCGUGAUGAGCUGAGAAAGAGACGCGGUAUAAUUUUUUUUACAAAUGGGAUAAGAGACCAAAGACAAUGCUCUUCCCCUUCUUCUUCGGCCUCGGCUUGCUUUCUUGCAUUGGUUUGGCGUUAACGGUAGGGGAGGCGGGACAAAGGCCCGCCAAUGUCGUGUGUUUCCGGUCGAGACGAGACAAAAACGAAAGGAACGAGAGGAGAAAAGGGGGCGGCCAUGCGCGGACUUGGGAUGGUCGAAUUAGAUCAGCUAGUAGCGUGAUUCAACGUAUGUAAUUCGUACAUAUGUCAUGGAUAUUGCCUCUUCCUCGAAUCCAUUCAUUAUAAAGCUUCUACAGUGAUUUUAGUUGCCAAAUGUGUAAUCAUGUCAGUCGACGACUGU